GCAGCCAGCCUUCACCAACGACGUCGACGUACACACUCCCACAACGGCAACACCUUUUGAACGGAGUGCGUACGCGAAAGCGCAAGGAUGAGUCGCGGCUCCUCCUCGUAUUCCUCCUCAUCGUUCUCCGCGGCGUCUGCGGUCCCCUUGGGCGAAGGCGCCAAUGAUGCCGCCCAGUACGUGCAGGUGUCCGCGGCAGAGAAGCGGCACGAGUGGAGCUCGACGCAGCCGCAUGUUGUCCCCUCUGCUGUCUCGAGCUCUACCUCAACCUCCAUGCUGCCUCCCUUGCCCGGUACGUCGCUUCCUCGCCGGCCUCGCACGCUCUCGGAAGCCUCCUCGAACGCCUCCUGGAUCUCACGGAGCCCUCGACGAAAAAGAAGCAGAGAAGCCGACGUCGCCUCACAAGAGCAGCUGCAGCAGCUGCAGCAAUGGGAGAGGGAGAGUAGUCCUCGCACCAUCGUCCGCACGGCAGACAUGGAACGGAGCAGAAGAGCUGUACAGGCGUCGCGAUCCACCUCUCCUCUCGACUCUUGUCAACUCUCUGCCCCGCGCACGCGCUCCUCUUCGUCUACGAGGGCGACGAUGAUGAUGACGCCGCCACCACAAGCCCCAGCCAGCAUCUCUACAACGCCUCUUCAGACGUUGUCCCGCAGCAGCAGCAGCAGCAGCAGCAGCGGAUUUUUCGAAAUUAUGCUGAACCACGCUCGCGUGAACGUCGACCGGCGAUACCCCUUCUUAAAUCCCACCUCCCUCUUCACGGCGCGUGCGACCCCCAGCGACUCGGUGGUGCCGCCGAACCUGCAUCGCUACGGCAACCGCCCUGUCUUACUGCUCGACUCCACGGGGGCCCUGUACCUGCAGAUGCAACGACGUGCACGUCGACAGGAAAUCCUCACCGGCAUAGGCAGACUGUUGGCCGAACGUGCCGAUUUGAUACAGACGGCGCGGGUGUGGCGGAUGCGGCUUCUGCGGUCGACGAGGCGCAACAGCAGCGUGUUUGAUGUGGCAACGAGCUCAAUUCCCACCGGUGAACAAGCAGAGGAGGAGGAGGGGGAGGGGGUACACACGAAAAGUAUCGUGGUCGUCCAUGAAGGUGUUCGCCGCAGCGCCGCAGACGUGCAGCACCUCAUCCGCUCCACCGGUGCCCGCCGUGCUGCCAUCACUCUUGAACUGAAGGCGCUGCGCAGCCAACUCGCACACCUCACGCAAGCCAAGCGCUACGGCGAGGCAACCCGCGAAGGCUGUGUCCUCCUGCUUCCGUCUCCCGUAACGCACGAGGUGCGGCUCUGCUCCGGACACCACUACCGCACCGUCUGUUUUGUUGGGGAGGAGUUGAUGGACAUUGUGCCGGGCGACGGCCUUGCUCCGCCUCCGCUGUCCGCCCCAUCGUCAUUAACCACCACAACGGCAGCGGCGGCAGCGAGGCGGUCCCUAUCCUCAGAAGCCGGCUCCCGGCCUCCUCACCACAGUCCGCCCACGGUCGUACCACCAACACCACCACUCGAGGCAGAGGACGACCCGGCACAGCGUGCGGCCCAGCCACCGACUCCAUCGUGGGUGAACGCAGAGCUGUCGGGCUACACCAUCUUUCGCCGUCUGCGUGCGGCAGAGGAGAAGCGACGGAGACACGGCGGGAGGCGUGGACGCGCCGUCAGCGGCGACGGCGACAGCAGUGACGAGGCAACCGCUACGUUAAACGCUUACCUGGCGCUGUCGGCGUGUGAGGCCGCCAUGUAUCGUGAGUGGGGGAUACAGAAGUACGGACUAUUCUAG